GGGGAAUCCGCUCGGGCCGUGGUUCUCCCGCCCCGGCAUGUUUUGUACACUACGAUCUAAAACGCAGCGAGAGAAACACUAAACAGGCGACAACGACGCACUGGCUCAGUUUCCGGUGCAGCCCCGUUGCAUCUACUCUAGAGAUGCGUUUACUCGCCACUGGCCGGGCUCUGCGCGCCAGCAGCAGCAGCAGGUGGGCCAUCAAUUAUUCUUCGGGGAGGAACCUACGGAUCCCGCUCUCGCACCUCCCGGCGCCGUCAACCAACCCGCGCCGCGAAUGGAGCUUCACGGCCGUUCGCCGGACGAACGAGAAACCUACCGAUGUCACUAAGAGCUCCAUCGCCGGUGGCUCUGCAGCGCAGCCCUUGGCAGCCGAGGCGCAAUCCUACGAGCGCGACGAAUGGACCAACGUCACCGAUACCAUCCUCUCGCACGUCGGCCGCCGGCUAUACCUGGACGAGAACCACCCGCUGGCCAUCACGCGGCAGCUGAUCGAGAGCCAGUUCCCGCGGCCGACGUACGGCAACUACACCGAGGAGAACCCCGUCGUGACGACGGCCGAGAACUUCGAUGUGCUGGGGUUCCCCGCGGACCACCCGGGCCGCAGCCGCACCGACACCUACUACCUCAGCGAGAAGCUGGUGCUCCGCACGCACACGAGCGCCCAUCAGCAGGCGUACUUCCAGCAGAUCAGCCGCAACGAGCACACUCGCCCGGAGGAAGUGGGCUACACCGUGGUCGCGGACGUGUACCGGAGGGAUGCCAUCGACCGCAGCCACUACCCGGUCUUCCACCAGAUGGAGGGGGCGAUGCUGUGGAAGCGGCCCGAGCAGGAGCCGCUGCGGCAUGCCAGCGCGACGGCGGCGCGGAUCUGCGCGGACGUCGAGCGCAUCCCGGCCCACGACGUCGUCGUCGAGGACCCCAACCCCACCGUGCACCCGCAGCGCAACCCGCUGCAGGCCGAGUUUCACAGUGUCGAGGAGGUCGAGCAGGUCGCCGCGCACCUCAAGCGGUCGCUGGAGCGCAUGGUCAUCAAGAUCUUCACGGAGGCGAGCAAGGCCGCGGCGGGCGCGGAGGAGGAAACCGAGCCCCUGAAGGUCCGCUGGGUCGAGGCCUACUUCCCCUUCACGAGCCCCUCCUGGGAGCUGGAGGUGUUCUGGCAGGGGGACUGGCUGGAGGUGCUGGGCUGCGGUGUCAUCAAGCAGGAGCUGCUGAACAAUUCAGACGUGCCGGACCGCAUGGGAUGGGCGUUCGGGAUCGGCCUGGAGCGUAUCGCUAUGCUUCUGUUCAAUAUCCCCGACAUCCGCCUCUUCUGGUCGCGGGACAAGCGCUUCUUGUCGCAGUUCAAGGCCGGUCAGAUCACCCGCUUCAAGCCCUUCUCCAAGUACCCCGCCUGCUACAAGGAUGUGGCCUUCUGGUUACCCCCGGGGGCGGCCAGUGGCGGUAGUGCGGCGGGCGGCGCCGUGCCCGUGCACGAGAAUGAUAUCAUGGAGCUGGUUCGUGGGGUUGCGGGCGAUCUGGUGGAGGAUGUGCGUCUGGUGGACGAGUUCACGCACCCCAAAACCAAGCGCAAGAGCAUGUGCUACCGCAUCAACUACCGGAGUCUGGAGCGCACGCUCACCAACGCAGAGACCAAUGAUCUACACGAUAAAUUGCGCCAAGAGCUCGUUGCUCAGCUGGGGGUUGAGCUGCGGUAGUCGUUCGACUUACUAGGGGGGGGGGGGUGUUGGUAAUGUGUAUAGAUUGGAUGCCUGAUGAGUGUAUAAUUCGGCUACAGACUCCGAAUUCACUGGGGAAACGGCAAGGCAACGGCUGCGUGUCUGUAUGAUAGUGUGUGUAUGUAAGAUCUUGGCUUGUAAAACAACAAAAGAUAUGACCUCUUUCCUCAUGAAUAGAAUUCAAGUUCCCGGC